AUGGCAACCUUGACAACAGCAUCAGAAGUCAACAAAGCCAAGAUCACAGAGCAGGAUGUUGUUGAUAUCGUCUCGUCAUUGAAUCUCAGCCUACCAGACAGUGAUGUCCCAGAAUGGCACGAUCUCAUUGCCUCCGUGCAAGAAUCCAUUGACGCUGUCGAGGCACUGUCCGACUACGUUCCAGCAGUGGACUUGGCCCGGUAUCCACGUCGGAACGUGCAUAGGCCAUCACCAGAACACAACUCGGGCAACGCAUGGGCGUGGAAGGCCAGGAUCGAGGGUGACAGGGGUGAUGAUCUGCCACUGUCAGGUGUUACAGUCGCACUCAAGGACAACAUUGCUGUCAAGAAUGUGCCUAUGCUCGUCGGCACAAACAUGUUUGAGGACUACGUUCCCGAUACAGACGCUACGGUCGUCACACGCCUGUUGGAAGCUGGGGCUGCGAUCGAGGGCAAAGCAGUUUGCGAAAAUCUAUCACUCUGUGCGUCAUCCUUCUCAGCGGCAACAGGACCAGUAGAGAACCCAUAUGCCGCAGGCUAUACGACAGGCGGCUCGUCGAGCGGGUGCGGACACCUAGUUGGUGCCGGCGUUGUUGACGCAGGCAUAGGUGGUGAUCAAGGUGGCUCGAUCAGUAGCAUGAAGCCGACUUGGGGUCUUGUACCAUGGACGGGUGUCAUGACGCAUGAUCCGGUGCACGAUACAGCUGGGCCCAUGACAAAGACCGUCGCUCUGAAUGCCAAAGUGCUCCAAGCGAUCGCUGGACGAGAUGAUAUUGAUGAUAGGCAAUUUGCUGCGCCACUCCCCAGGCAUGUACCAAACUACUCAGCAUCGUUGAACAAAGGUGUUCAUGGGCUCAAGAUCGGCAUCCUACGCGAAGGCUUCGAGUUCUCAGUCAUUGACCCACGCGUGAAGCAGAAAGUCUGCGAGGCUGCAGACCUGUUCGAAACGCUCGGCGCAGAGGUGGUCUCGGUCAGUAUACCGUUACACACGCAAGCCGGGCACAUCGUAAACUGUGCUUUGCGCCCAACAGCUUCCCAACAAGCCUAUCUCGGCAAAGCCUGCGGUCGGCGAGGUCUUUACCUGACGGGGCUCACAGAAAGAAUGCACCCACUGACUCAAGACAAAUUCGACAAGAUGUUCUCCACAUCGAAAUUCAGCCUGAUAGCAGGCUUGCAUGUAUGGAACCGGCAUCCGACCCUCUACGGCAAAGCCAUGAACCUAUAUCGCCGGCUCAAGGAUGAGUACGAUGCUGCUCUGGAGCAAGUUGACGUGCUUAUCACGCCGACGACGCCAUAUGUGGCGAAUCGGCAUGCUGAACCCCAUGCAGGGCCCGCGGAGCAAAUGGGCAAAAGUCGAGGUGUUGCCGUCAACACGGUAUGUUUCAAUGCGAGUGGACAUCCGGCAAUGAGCUUGCCGGUCGGAUUCCUGCCAGCGGAGGACGAUGAGCGUGUCAUGUUGCCUGUUGGUAUGCAAAUUGUGGGAGGCAUGUUUCAGGAGGAGAUGAUCUACAGAGUCGGGGCAGCUUGGGAGAGGGCGUUCGACUGGAAGACAAGAUGA